UAGGAAUGCACCUACACACGGAAGACGAGAGGGGAAGACAAAAAAAAAAAAAAUUGCCGCAUUUCUUAAGAAGUUGGAAGUGAGAAGUGAGAAAGGAAAUCGAAAAUGACAGUGAUGGAGAAGCUGAAGAUGUUUGUUGUUCAAGAGCCAGUGGUCACUGCUUCCCUUCUCAUCGCUGGCUUUGGGCUUUUUCUUCCAGCUUUUGUGAGGCCUAUGCUGGAUUCGUAUCAGGGAACCAAGCGACCUCCUCAGCCCGCUUUAAGUGAUGUGGUUGCAGGUAUGACUGGUAAAAAGUAAGUGUGACUUACUUGAGAUAUAAUGGCAAAUUUGCCAACUUCCGUGUCUGAACUUAUUUUCAUUCAUAAUGAGAGAAAUAAGAGUACUAAAUAUUGGAUUUAGCUUUUAUUUGUGACGGAUCUGCUCCGGAAUCAUUAAGUGGUUUCAUUUCAUAUUAAUUUAGGUUAAGAGUUGGUUGAAUAUCAGUUUAUCUGCGAGUUCUGAAAUUGUUUUUCUGGGGUCAAUGUGAAGGAUUUUUGUUUA